AUGCUUCCGUACUUCCUUGAUAUAUUGAUAGCAGCGGAUGAACUUGCGUUAACCGAAUUGAUCGAUCAUAUUAUCGAUUAUAUUCUUAAAAAAGAAAUGUUUUGGCUUCGACAAAAUUUAGUAAGGAUUCAACGAAUUGCAUCAACACAUGAGGCGUUUUGUAAAUUAAAAAUGACGUGCGAGGAGAUCAUACAAAAGGAUUCAUCAACAUUUUUGAGAUCAAAAGAUAUUGGACAUUUAGAGGAGAGCAUCUUAACUAAAUUAUUGAUGAGUGAUAAUUUGGAUUUAAAAGAGAUUGAAAUUUGGAAUCAAGUUAUUAAAUGGGGUAAAGUCAAAUGUUCAUUAGAUACUGAAGAAAAAGAUGAUAUAAAUAAUUGGAAGACGGAAGAUUUUGAAAAGUUAAAAUCAUCUUUGAAAGAUUGUUUACCGCACAUUAGAUUCUUUUUGAUCUCUGGAGCGGAUUAUCAUGAUAAAGUAAGACCCUUUAAAAAAAUCUUGUCAAAAGAAGUAAAGAAUGAAUUGAGAGAAUUUUAUUUGGCGGGUAGACGACCAAAUCGUUCAAUCAUUUUGUCAAAGAGAUUAAGGUACACCGAUGAAGAGUCUACCUUAAUCAGGUUAAAACAUUUCUCUUUGAUUUCUUCGUGGAUUGAUAAAAAGCAUCAACCUUAUCAACCCGAAUCCAUGCCUUAUAUGUUUAAGCUACUUUAUCGUAGUGGUCAAGAUGAAUUAAAAGAUAUCAACAAAUUUUACAAGAAAUGUAAUCGUCAUGGUCCAACCGUAGUUCUUAUCAAACCUUCGGGGUUUAAUCAAAUAAUUGGUGGUUAUAAUGCUGAUAUUUGGAAUAAAAUCCAAAAAUAUGAUACCUUGGCAAAUUGUUUUAUCUUUUCUUUAGACAUGAAUCAUGAUGAUGACAAUGAUUCCAAGGGUAUAUAUAGUAGUAUUAAACCCACCGUUAAUAAAGUUGGUUGUACUUCUGAGAAGUUUCCUUGGUUUGGUAAUGAUUUAAAUUGGAUUAAAGGUGUAUGUAGGCAACAAAUCUUUGAAAAAAAGAUCGUGGAUUAUGAACAUUUUAUUUCUGAAAGGGUUGAAGUUUAUAAACUUUUUCAUAAAAGCAAUGAUCACGUUCUUUAUGAAACUUUCUAUGAUGAUUCAAUAGCUGAUGAUUAUGAUUUUACUACUGAAAUAAUUAGUGAAGAUGAAAGGCCUAGAUCCCAAUAA